GAGUAAAAUAAAAUUAAAAAAAAAAAAAGCAUUUGUGUUUGUAUUAACAAGGGUCCCAGUCAUGAAGCUGACAUGGCAAUAUGCAGUUUCUAUAAAUAGCUGGAAACUCAGCUACUUGGGAUCAAUCAACAAAUCAGUCUUACUACAACAACAACAAUAACAAGUUAACAACUCAUCUCUCUUCUUUCUCUCUCUACAAUCUUCAAUUCUUUCCUUCCAUUUCCAACACCAAAUAAAAACCCAACUCAUUUACACUCACUUCCAGCAAAUUCCAGAUUGAUUAAAAUGACGACAAUAACGACGACAACAACAACGACGAAGAUCUCAGACUUAGCUGCCACCAAUAACCACGGCCAAGACUCUUCUUACUUCCUGGGUUGGGAAGAAUACGAGAAGAAUCCAUAUCAUGAAUCCGAUAACCCGGAUGGUAUGAUCCAAAUGGGUCUCGCCGAAAACCAGCUUUGUUUCGAUCUUCUUGAAUCAUGGCUCGCUAACAACCCGGAACCCGCUUCGUUUACUAAAAAUGGCAAGUCCGUUUUUAGAAACCUUGCUCUUUUUCAAGAUUACCAUGGCCUCCCCGAAUUCAAAAAAGCUUUCGUAAACUACAUGUCAAUGUUGAGGGGAAAUAAAGUCACAUUUGACCCUAAGAAACUUGUUCUCACAGCUGGCGCUACUUCUGCUAAUGAGACCCUCAUUUUUUGCCUUGCCAACCCCGGCGAAGCCCUCCUUUUACCCACUCCGUACUACCCAGGGUUCGACAGAGAUCUUAAGUGGAGAACUGGAGCGGAAAUCGUUCCGAUCAAAUGCACAAGCUCAAACGGGUACAAAAUAACAAAGUCAGCGCUCGAAGAAGCUUACAACUCUGCCAAAAGGCAAGGGUUGAAAGUGAAGGGAGUACUAGUGACGAACCCAUCAAACCCUCUCGGUACGACAUUGUCGAAAGAAGAAAUAACCUUACUUCUUACUUUCGUAUCAAACAAAAAUGUACAUUUAAUCAGCGACGAGAUCUACGCCGGAACCGUUUUUAACGGGUCCGGGUUUCUAAGCGUAAUGGAGGUACUCAUGGAAAAGAAAUGGGCCAACAACAAGGAUUUGGUCCAAAGUGUUCACAUAGUUUCAAGUUUAUCAAAGGAUUUGGGUCUACCCGGGUUCAGAGUCGGAGCUAUCUACUCAAACGACCCGCUAGUUGUAUCCGCCGCAACAAAGAUGUCAAGCUUCGGGUUAGUCUCCGCCCAAACCCAACACCUCCUCGCCGGACUUUUAUCCGAUACCAAAUUCAUGGAUUACUACAUCGCCCAAAACCAACGUAGGCUCCAAACCCGACACUCCAUGUUAGUAUCGGGUCUUAAAAAAGCAGGGGUUAACUGUUUAGACAGUAACAGCGGGCUUUUCUGCUGGGUUGAUUUACGGCAUUUGCUUAAAUCCCCAACAUUCGAAUCCGAAAUCGAGCUGUGGAAAGAGAUUGUUUACGAAGUGAAAUUGAAUGUUUCACCCGGGUCAUCGUGUCAUUGCUCCGAACCCGGUUGGUUCCGGGUUUGUUUCGCGAAUAUGUCCGAUGAUACACUGGAUUUAUCCAUGCAACGAAUUAAGGAGUUUAUUGAUAUUAAGUUGAAUAAAAACAGUCAUCAAUCAAAGAGGAAUUCAAGAAGAAUGAGGUCACUGAGUAAGUGGGUUUUUCGAUUAUCGUUUGACGGCGACAGGGUGCCGGAAGAACGAUAAUUACGGUCGAUUAAUUUUCCGACCACCACCCCAACCACCGCCUGUGUGAAUCUCAUUCAUCAUCAUCAUCAUCAAAUCAGUAAAUUAUUUUUUUCUUUUAAUUAAGGAUUAAUUAAUUAGUGUGAAAACUAAGCAUGUGUCAUGUGUAAUUUUAUUUUAUUUUUUUUUUAAUUUUUUUUUCCCGCCGCUGCUGUUUUUAGUUGCUUGAUAGGCAGGGUACAAAAAGUUUCUGUUUUUGGAAGGGUCGGCCUUGUUUUUGAAGGGAAUUGAUUACUGAGUAAGAUCAAUUCCUUUUUAGAGAGACAACAACAAAAAAAAAAAGGAAAAAGAAAAGAGUAAUUAAGAUUAAGAUUAUUGUAGAGUUGUCAUCAGCACUCGGUCCAUGUGGACACGAAGUGGCUUUCAUAUUACUUUCUUAAUACAAGUACCAUUGUUUACAUUAUUAUUCUUUCUUGGAAAUAAUAAUCCAACUUUUUAUCAUCAUA